GACUCUUGGGCACAAACUUCCUCAUUGACAGUGUAGCUUGUCCAGCCAUUGCAAAGACUAGCAGGGACUGUGUACAACAUGGCUCACCCGCUGAGGGCGAGGUCAUCCAGGUGCGAUGGACCGACAGUCUGGUGUACAGCGCAAAGUUUGUUGGCUCCCAGGUCAGGUACAAUUAUCAGGUGGAGUUUGAAGGAGGCUCUCAGUUGACCUUGAAAAGAGAAGACCUUUUUACAUUGGAUGAGGAGCUACCCAAGCGUGUGAAAGCACGGCUGUCACCAUUGAUGGGCUCACAGCACGAAGAUUACAUCUCAGGAGAGGAAGCUAAGGAUGCGAAGAAAGCCCGGCCAUCAAACUCCAGGUUGCUUGAAGACUACACCCAGAAAGAUUACACCCAGAAUCCUGAAUACAUUACAUUUAUGGAAAACCUCUUUCAUUCACCUUACCAGCAGGGAUAUAUUAAUUAGGAAGAUACACCUCUACACUUGGGUAUUUUUUUGUUUGUUUUGGGCUUUUCAAUGGGAAAAAAAUGCUUUUGUGCUUAGUAAAUGGAUUCAAUUUUAAAAUUGCUAUUAAAAAGACUCUGCAGUUAAAUACCUGUGAGCCAUCUUCUGCGAAGGUGCUAAACAUAUUCAGAAUUGAACUACUGAAUCUGCCUUGAAGUUUCAACCACAUCUCUUGUAAAUAGAAAAAAAAUCUUCAAGUCUUUUUUUUGAAAACCUUGGGUUUAAGAAAAGGAGAGAACAAAAUUCAACAUUUUUCUAGCUUUUGUGUGCAUUUUCCUGGCAUAUUUUGAACCAAAGCAAUAUUUUCGAUUGUUACGGGGUGUAGUCAUAUCAGUAUGAAGGGAACCCAUUGUUACUUCUUUGACUUUUCUGCAGCAAGGCAAUUCUUCCAAUUAUCUUCAGGGACAGUACUUUUUGUUAUUAUUGGGAGGCUUUGGUGAAUUUUGAAGAAGUUUAAAACACAGUUGUAAGGACUGCACUCCUAAACUGGUUUAAAUUUUUCUCUGAAGGCAAAAUAUAAAUCCCCAAUCUUAAAACCUGGGAUAUAAUGCAUUGAAUCCCAGAUCAAAACUGGGAUGCCAUUCUGGCUGUUCCAGUAUUGUUGAUAUACCAGCUGCUGUGUUAAUUCGUCGCUCUGUGGAUUUUACAGUGUGUGUGGCUUUCAGGUGGCCAAGCACGGAAGACAGCUUUUUUUUUUGCCCGAGAUUGUUUUAGAGCUUUAAUUUUGUUUUUUUUUACUACUUUUAAGUUGUGUGGUGAAUAUUGAUAUAAGAUGAGGUUAAAAGUAGUAGUCGUGGAGGUAGCUGAUUAACUUGAAAAGGAAUUGAUUACCCCUCAUGUUCUGUGGAAUCUGUUGGUCCCAAGGGUAGCUGUCAUGAUGUCUCUCCUGUUGCUCGCGAGAGUAGCUGUCAUGAUGUGUCUCCUGUUGAUUUCUGGGUUUGGGAGUGGGGAGGAGGUCCAUACUUUCUUAAGUUGUCUUAAUUUUGUUUUAUACUUGGACAUUUGUAUUAUUUAAGGCCCAAUCCACUACUCAGUUGCAAUAAAAUAAUCUAAUAACGUGAACUCCUUUGCAUUGUAAAGUGUUACCACAACGUCUGAUCAGUACAGGGCAACCUGUGUGCCAUUACUGUGGAUUUAUACCUUGAUAUAGUUUGAGUCGUCAAAGACUCAAAACUAAACAUUUGUUUUGCUUAUCAUUAACCAAAAUAAAGCACAUUUUUCACUGUUUAAAACCUCCAAGCCACUUUCUAUAAACGGUUGAUUUAAUUGAUAACCUCAAAAAGACACUAGUUUAUUAUAAAUUAACGUGCUUAUUUGUAUAUAUUUAAUGUUAUCUUUGUAUAGUUUUCUUUCUUGCUCAAUUUGAAUUGUUUCAUCUCAAUAAGCACAAAGCAUGAUGGAAUUAUUUGGCUGUGAAUGGUACCUCCUCGUGGCUGAGGUGUUUAACUCUGUGGCUCCCAUAAGAGAUCUGAAGCUGGCUGAAGUUGAGCUUGUCUUUCAUUCAUUUGAGAGUUUACUCCAACUUUUGCUGUGCCAUCAAAUAGAGGAGACUGUCAGUAGAGAAUCCGGACCUUUGUAUCUCAACUAGGAAAAAGAAAUGCAAAACCGUGAGAGGAACAAAACGUUUCAGUAAUUUUUCUUUACUUUGUCAUGUAGCCUCAAGUGUUUAUAUGACUGUGAGCAGCAUGUGUAGAUGUUAAAAAUUAGACCUGUUUAGAAUGCUGUGUGGAAUCAAUUCAUCAGGUCACAGAAUUAAGUCUUUAAUUUUUAUUUAGAGGGAUUGGGACCCCUCAGAGUAUUUGUGUGAUUGGGAAGGAGAAAAGGGGCCUAGGGUGGAGGUGGGUGGGUUGAGAAGUGUUAGUUCCAUGACAGUUUAAAAUCUGUUGGGAAAUUUUGGUUUGAGUAAGACUAGAAAUUAAACUGUAGAAGAUCAUCAUCAUCAUCAAUAAAUCAUGUACAAAAUGCAUUACACCCCUAUAUUAAAUACUUUAAAUUAUUUCUGUUCUGUAAAAUAACAGAAUACAUAAAAACAUUCACUCUUCAAAUGUCCAUUUUCAACAUUUACUGUUAGGAAUAAGAUGUCCAGUUUAGAAGUGUGGUAGCUGUGUGUCGGCUGCAGUAGUAAAUAUGUAGUUUUUAAAGAUAGGUGUAUAGUGGAGGCUAAGUCUUGUAAUUGUAAGUGACUAAACUGCAAACAGUUCUGUUAAAACCAUCACAGCAGAAUGUGACAACAUUUUUUCAGCAUCACAGACCAUGACUUUUACAUCAUUUAAAAAAGAAAGACCUGACUAAGUUACACCUUGAGGGAAGAAUGUCCCAAGUUGUGCCUCAUUUGACUGCAGCAAAGAAGAUUCAACAUCAUACAAUUGCUGCAAAAUUUAAAUAUUUGUUGAUUUUUGCCAACUAAUUAGAUGCAAUCACUGAAAUACCUGGGAUCAAAAGAUUAGUAAUAAGAUACUGGGUACCUUAACCUCCUCAGCUGAGUGACAUUGUGUCCCAUUCAAAUAUUGGAAUAAAUCACCAGUCCAUAUUCUUUCAAUGCAGUUCUGUUUGUUUUAGCACAUUGAUAAAAUAAAUAUUCAGUAUUGCAGGCUUUGUAAAGACCAGUGCUUGAAAUGCUGUCACUUUGUUCAUAAUGAGCAUAAGGCUUUGCAAGUUUGAAGGACUGGCUGCUUUUCAACUGUCAUCAAGAAAUGGGAAUAGAAUAUUCUAAGAAUGCCAGGGAGUACCAAACAAAAAGGACAAAGGGAGAUUUAACGGGGGCAUCACCCAUUCUGAAAGAGUUUAAUGGUUGCAUGUGUGGUGUGUAUCUAAUUCUGUGUUUCCCUGUAUGUAAGACCUUUGCUGUGAACUGUGGAGGAAGCCUCUCUCUCUCUCUCUCCCUCUCUCCCUCCCUCUCUCUCUCUCUCUC